AUGCUGCUCACUGUGGAUCUCCCCGAGCCGUCUAGAUGCCCUACGGAUGCAGGGAGUGGGCUUCUGCCCUGGGGUCUGCACAUAGAGCUCUCACAGGACACUUUCCCCUCCACAGCUGGCUGUCACCUGCUCAGAAGUGCCCUGCUGUCAGCCCACCUCGUAUCACUGGGGAGCAGUGGCAACUCAGUUCCCUUAUCUGGGGCAGCCAGGAGGACGCCUGUCUGAAGGCCAGGGGGAAAUCAAAGGCGGGGUCCAGGGGGAACCGGGAGGAGAAAACAACUUCCUGGUUUCUCUCAGAGGCUUGAGAAACACUGUAGGGGUCCGGAGGAGCUUUCAAGUUGCUUUCUUUGGGUCAGUCCCCGAGACCAAGACCGAGGCCAGCGACUUGUGGUGUAGAGCUCCCCAGGGGUAAACAGUGGCUUAUCUUGCCCCUAAAGGUCAGGCCCUGCUGCUCAGAAGAAAGCCAGCCUCUCGGCUGCCCCAGGCCAUUCCCACAGCCGCUCGGAUGGUGGGUCAGGAGGCCGAGCCCCGUGCCCCUGGAACUCCGUCAAGGGAGCUCGGCCAGCCUGUUGCAGGAAGCUGCUUCACAGGGUGAGCAGACUUUUGGAACACGUAGACAUUAGGACCGAUGCCCAUUUCAUGACCCUAAACCGCAGCGCCGGGCUCUCUUUGACGGGCAGCCUGAAGAUGGCCAAUUACACGUCAGCCCCGGAGGAUGACUAUGACGUCCUCAUAGAGGAUGACCUGAAUAGCAAUGAAAUAGAACCAUGCGACCCCUAUGACCCCAAGAUCCUGGUGGCCCGGGUGGUACCCCAGCUCUCCACCACCGUGUUCCUGACUGGUCUCCUGGGCAGUCUCUUGGUUGUGCUUAUCCUGGUGAAACAUAAAGGACUCAAGCACAUGGAAGAUAUCUAUCUCCUGAACUUGGCGGUUUCGAAUUUGUGUUUCUUGCUGGCCCUGCCAUUCUGGGCCUAUACUGCAACACACGGGGGCGUUCUCGACAACCCCUUCUGUAAAAUUCUAGUGGUCCUGUACUCCAUAGGCCUAUAUAGCGAGGCAUUUUUCAACGUCCUCCUGACUGUGCAUAGGUACCUGGUGUUUUUCCCCGUGAGCCUUCCCUCAACCACCAGGACGACACCUUGGGGCAUGAUCUCAAGUAUUCUGGCGUGGGUCCUAGCCGCUCUGGUCAUUUUGCCCGAAUCCGUGGUUUAUAAAGCUCAGAUGGAAAGCCAGACAUACAAGUGCUUCUUGAGACUACCUCACUUCCUGCUGGUGGAGGAGACAUCCUGGAAGCGUUUUCUGACCUUAAAGAUGAACAUUUUGGGACUUCUUUUUCCACUGUGCGUUUUUGUCUUUUGCUACGCGCGAAUGAGAAAAAUACGAAGGUCUGGGGAGAGGAGGUCUGGCCUUUCUAAGCUGGUUUUUGCCAUUAUGGCUGUUUUCCUUCUGAUGUGGGGACCUUACAAUGUUGCACUUUUCCUGUCCACUUUCAAAGAAUCUUUCUCCCUGCACGACUGCAAGAGCAGCUAUAACCUGGACAGGAGCAUUCAGAUCCUGAGAAUUGUCGCAGCCACCCACUGCUGCGUCAACCCCCUCCUCCAUGCGUUCCUUGACCCCACAUUCAGAAGACACCUUGGCCGUCUUUGCUGUGUGCACGAUGGCCGUCCGCUUCAGUCCAGAGAGGAAUCUACACGAGAUGCCUCCAGGGAAGAACGUGACCAUUCCACCAAAGUGUAAACUAGCUUCCGUCAAAGGCGGGACAAAUAAACAUUGAUUUUUAU